CAGUCUCAUUCGCAUCAGAUUAUCGCUUCGAGCAACAAGUAAAACUCAACAAACUUAGAGCAACUUAGAGAAUUAUAUUCGCGCGCAUCUUAAUCUAUAGAUUUUAUUUUGCAAUUUGUUAGCGGCAAACAGUUUUGAAGUUGCUCAAAUUUAUUUCCAAUUCAAAUAAAAUUCAUUCCGAUUCGAGGAGAUAAAAGUGAAUUACCAAAACACAUUUAAAAGAAGAAAAAAAAUAAUUCAAAAUAUCAAACUGAAAGAAAAUCCAAAAAGGGGUUAGUCCGAGUUUCAGUGUAAAACUAAAAAAGUAAAUUAAACAAGACAAAAAACACACAUCAAUCAUAAUGGCAGAUGUAGAUCACGAACUCAGCGCAAUCAGAUUCGUUGUGGAUUCGCCCUUGUCGUCCAAAGUCGCAAUGUUCAACCAAUCAUCGAAUGCUCAUCAACAAUCUCAACUGUUGAAUCCGUUCACAAAUGCCAACGCAGAACGGGGAGCUCCACGUCCAAAAUUUAGUAAAGAAGAAUAUGGAAGACCGGUGGCAGGUAGCUUAACUGAGGCGCGUGGCCAAAAAGCAAAUAUUCAUGUAUGCAAAGAUAUGUUAGAAUUGUGUCAAAUCAUCAAUUCCGAAGGCUAUUCACACGACAAAGAGCAUCCAAAAUUGAAAGUGAUUCUAUUUGGUGAACUAUUUAAUAUUUACACAUGUAUAAAUGACAAACUUGUUGGACUGCUGUUGAGAGCAAGAAAGCACAAAUUUAUUGAUUUUGAAGGGGAAAUGUUGUUCCAGCGCAGAGAUGAUGAUGUGCCGAUUUUUAUGAUAAAAACGGUUGAAGAAAUCAAAAAAAUUCUGGAGGAAAAAAUCGAAGAAGUACGAAGAAGCGCCAGCCCAAAUCCACAAGCCACCAAUAUUUUAAUAAAAUAAGCAACACAAACUAAAUAAUAAAUCUCGAACAUUUACUGUCUAUCUCAACUUUAUUCACAUACAAAACAUCCCAAUUAUUUGAUGAAGAACACAACAACAAAAGAAAAAUCCAUUAUUAUGUGUAUCGAUAAGGAACAAAAUCACGAAAACACACACACACACAAAACAAAUCAUACCAUUCGACGCGAAACAAUGUUACUCGAAUGUAAAUAUUAUCUAAUAAUUAGAUUUAUAACUGCAA